AUGUCUAGGCUGGCUAAUACGAAUUAUGAAGGAGGUAGCAUAAGAGAACAUCUCAUGGGACUUGUGGAUAUUGCUGCCAAAUUGAACAGGUUGAAAGUACCUAUUGAUCCAACUUAUCUAGUGCAUAUUGAGCUGGAUUCUCUACCUCAUGAGCAAAUGAAAUCCACCUAUAACACCCUGAAAGAGGAUUGGACAAUGGAUAACCUGAUUACAAUUACUGUUCUUGAGGAGGAUAGGAUAAAAGCUUAUGGCGGUGUGGUUAACGUGGUCACUGCCAGGAAGUAUGAGAAUAAGGGUGCUGCAAAAUCGGGAAUAAAGAAGUAG